AUGGACCGAAGCAAGCUACCAGCUGUUUCUCUCAAACAUUCGUUUGCUGCACAGAACGUCCAUGUCCCCCCAGAAGCUCCAGUAAAGACGCAGGCGAUCUGCAAAACCGACUGUCUGCAAGCCGAGAAAGAAGACGCUGUUGACUGGGAUUUCUGGCUCACCCCCGAAGUUCUAAGUGGAGAAGGCCCGCCACAUUUUGGAUGA